UCUUUAAACACGUUUAGUUUGAAAACGUUCCCCAGCUAGUUGUGAACCGGGAAAGCCAAAGUCCAUCAAGCAGACUGAAAGGGCGGGCAAUAUGCAAAUCUUCGUGUAGAAGGAUAUCGCCGUUAAUGGUCAAUACCGCAAGGCCGUAGGCGUAUGAAAAUGGAAGAUUGCACCCUUCUCUCUAUCCAAGAUCUCCUUCAACACUCUUGUCCGGUUACAGGUGCUCUAUCUCUACACCUUUCUUCCUCUUCCAUUUCCAUUUCAAGCUUGUCCUCCACCCACAUCACUGACAAGAAGCGAAAGCGUUCUCAUAAACCUUGCUCUGCCAAUGUGAAUGAAAGACAUGGGAAAACUCUAAAGCCUAUCAAUCACCCAACUCUGAUCAGUGGAACAAUUCAAUUAUGGAAUGGCGACUCUCUCGCUUUUGCGGACCAUACCAACACUCGCACUGUAUGUUGCGUGGCUUUUGAUCUCGAUCCUCAUGUCAUUGGUCGCCAAAUCAACAUUCUCUCAUGGAAUUUUAUACCCCAUACCAUAGGCAGUGGAUGCCUUGAAAUUUACAAAUGGAGGUUGGCCACUGUAAACGCCCCACUCGAGAUACGCACAGACACACAGAGAGGCAGACUACGUAGUGGCUGCACUACAGUCUGCGGCAGAUUAUGUGCAAUAAGCCCUCCCUUUUACCUUCCCUGCGUAAAACCCUGUAAAGAGAGUUUCAAUGAAAAUGAGUCUGUACCCAAUAGUGAUGGCAUUAUUGGGGGUAAGCCCAGUAAAGAGAAGUGCAAUCAGGAUGAGACUGCACUCAAUUGUAAUGACGGCGUAAUUAGGAGAAAAACCAAUAAAGAGAGCUGCAAUCAGGAUGAGACUGCACCCAAUAAUACGGAGAGUAUAAUUGGGGGAAAGUUUAACAAAGAAAACUGCAGUCAGGACCAGACCGUACCCAAUAAUAGUGACGAUAUAAUUGGGGGAAAGCUCAAUAAAGAGAAGUGCAACCAAGAUGGGAGUGUGCUCAAUAAUUUUGAUAGCACGAUUGGUGGAAAUGGAUGUCCAAUUGGGCCUAAUAUAAAACAUGAUGGUCUGGAUAUAGAUAUCGUGAAGGGUCUGAGAGGGAAAAUAAGAGCUUCUUCUUCAUCUUCUAACCCGACUACAUCUGAAAUGACAAAAGGGCUUUUCUCCAAAUAUGGUCACACCCACAUCCGUAAUGAAAGUCUCAUAAACGAAAGUAACAGAAGCCAAUCUGUCAAAAAACAGAGAAUUCAUAGGGUGGGAGAUAUCAACAAAGGAGGCAAUGCCGACCUUUUUGAUAAGAACUCAAGAAAUUUACACAAAAAUGCAAAGCUCACGUUGUCAGAAGAAGAAAAUACCACUGUUGUUGUGAAAGGGAAAGAAACUCGACUAUCAAAUUUACACACUAAAGAAGAAAGCGUUGGUAAUAAUUCAAAGGAUAAUGCAGCAGGAGGAGCUGAGCUUGGCUUUGUAAUAGAACUCCAAGCAUGCAAUCACAAACCUCAGUGCAAAAUGAGCUCAGAAGUUCUGUUUGGCAUUGCAGAAAAAAAUCACACUUCCGUGGAGCCUGCAUUUGUUUACUUCACUGGUUCAAUCGCUGCUUGGCGGCCUGUGCUAUCAGGCUUAUUUGGCAAAUGCCUGAAUGUUACAGGGCUCAAGAGGAAAGUAAUUUUUAUAGGGAGUGAAAAGGAAAAGUACAAUAUUUUUGUUGCUACAAGAACAACUUUACUGUCUUUGCUAUCCUCCAAGAAGAUAAACAACCACUCUGUCACAGAGCAUUAUGAUAUGUCAGAAUCCUAUACUUACAGUACAAAGGGGGCAGUUCCAAUAUGGAUGGCAGCUGGUUUGUCUAAAACUCCAUCUGAUUUGGAUAAUUGUAAAUCAAUUAUGUCAAGCAAUGUUGACAUGAGAAGAUGCUCAGAAAAUUGUGCAUCUGAUCUGCCCUCUGGAAUAGAAAUUCCUGGAUUGUUAAUUGGCAAGGUGAAUGAACAAGGGCAGGGACAAGGCAGUACAGGUUCGUAUGUUGGUGUUGUGAUUAGCAUACAUAUGCAGGGCUCACUUGUAGAACUAGACAAGAAUGUGUGGCUUCUCCUUAGUCAUCAACCUCUUACUCAAGUGCAAGGACUUAGAAUUGGGGUUCUUCUUGCUUUGAUGCAUGUCCACUUCAUUAAGAUACAGUUUGCGUGCGAGAAAAUAUUGUUGCUUGGUGCUUGCUUCAGGUCACAUGUUGUCGUCAAAUCAUUUUCACCCCUUAGAACAAUGUUUAAUAUUAGACCUCAUUCUUGGAGCCUAUUAAGUAGAUAUAUUGAAUCUCUUCCAUUUACAGCUGCAUUUUGGGUGUUACUCAUAGCCAUAUGCUUUAGGCGUAAAUUUCAGGGAUUUUUCUCUGAGAAGGAGAUUCUAGGCUCAAAAAAGCGUGAAGGUAUGGUCCAGAAAUACGUUCAAUGUUGGUGCUCUCCAUUUAACUUGCAUCGGGAUGUAAUGAAGGAAUUCUUCAACCACAAUUCUUGUCCAAUAGGCAAGCGAAGUCGUACCAUAUUUCAAUUGGUCACACCAAUAAUUAACUUUUGUAGGCAAAUUGAGGUCAUGUGGGACAAUCGUUUCUCUAUAAUAUGGACAAACAAGAAACAUGAUUUUAAAGAAGUUAGUAUUCUACAAUGCAAGGCAGAAGGAUCGAGUGUGAAAAAAGAUGUUGAUUGUCGUCGUUUUGCCCGUCGAAUCAUUUCAAGUGGAGAGUUAGGCGUUGUUCUCAUUGGUAUUCUACAGGUUUCUCACCAAUCAGGACACUUGCAGUUGGUGGAUGCAACAGGGGCUCUUGAUGUGGUUGUACCAGAUUUUGUGUCAUGUUCAUCUCUGCAAAAAUUCUAUGAGGUAACAAAAUUUAAUGUUGUGGUUGAAGGAUUUUGGGGACAUUUCUGUUCUCAAGACACAGAUGAUGAUUUGCAACCAAUUUCAUGUGCAAGAAUUAUAGAUGGACUUGUUUCUAAGCACAAGCUAUCUUCAGUAACAUAUUAUGUUCACUUUUACUUGGAGAAGGCAGUUAAUUUCAGUUUGCCUAGAUGCCCUGCACUUUUUUUUCACAAUCCUGUUCAUAUCAAAAUGCAAGAAAUACAACACGGGCGAGUAUUUAGUAUAUUGAUGGUGACACAUAAAUAUCCUAUUACUGACAAGCUUGUUCUUGAUGAAUCAGAUCAUAGUGCUGUGGGAUCAUUCGCUGAAGCUAUUCUCCUGCCAUAUAGUAUUGUUUCUAAAGGUGGUAAACACAGGUGCUACAACAAGAGUAAUUUAAAGCAUGGUGCUAAUGAUAAAUCAGGACAUGAGAUAUUCACUACAGUUGGCUGCACAAUCUGUUGUUUUGAGACAAUGAAAACAAGAGGAGCCAAGACAGGAAAGGAACAUGUGGUGGAUUUUGGGAGCUAUGCUAAUGCAAAUGUAGAUUGCACAAAAUGCAAUACUGGAACUGCAUUCAAGUCUGAUGAUCAUGGGAUUCAAAAUCACCUCUCUGAUUAUCUUUAUAAUGAGCAAAAGGUUUAUGAAGAAAUGUACUCCUCUAAAGAGAUCCAGUCAGAAACAUUACAGGAAAUCCAAUGUUCCCUACUUUUUAGAAAUUCAUGUAAAGAUGAUGUUCUGCUGGAUGGCAUCCUUUCCCCUCCAGUGAAGUAUCAAGAUCCAAAGAAGCUAGCAAAAGAGGAUCAUUGCUUAAAGAAAGUCCUCCUUGAAUUUAAUAGUGAGAGUCUACAUUUUUACGAGGUUCUGCAUAUUGGAGAAUGUUAUCUUAUACAGCAUGAAGUAGAAGAUAGUGCUUCAGGCUCAGGCAUACCUCAGACGUGUGUGAAGACCAAUAAAAUUGUAGUCUCAUCUGACAAACCUAUUUGGAGCCUUUCAGUUGCUUCUUAUCAUCAAAUUACACAACAAAUUUGCCAUCAAGCUCAUUUUUCUUCUUCAUUAGAAGGAUAUACUACGCCAUCUUUGUUAUCACAGUUAUCCAAUGACGAUAAAUCUGCUAGCAUUGACAAUGUUGAAAAUGGAAUGUCUAGCAUUGUUUUGGAUUGUCAGGCUCCAUCGUUGUGUUUUAGAGAUGUCACUCUUUACAUUCCAUGUCAAGUAAUUCAUCUCUUGCAAAAGUUUAUCGAGCAUGUGAAAGGUGACAUGCUUUCUGUUGUCAUGGAUGCAUAUGAUGUCUUUAACAAAUAUUUGAUUCACAGAGGCAUGCCAGGCCCUACUGAACAAUUUUUCAAGACUUCAGAAUUUGACAACAGUAGUAAUAAUGAAGGUGCUUUACUAGAUGGUGAUUUAGUAUCCUUGAAGGGAGAAGUCAAGCAUGUCCACAGUAAUGAACUGAAUCCUUUUGCAAAUCUGAACAAAUUUGGUAGCAGAUGCUUAUCUACAGGCAACAACUUAACAUCUAUUCGCAAAGUGAGAUACACUAUCCAUGUGCAAGGGUUUCAUGGGGAUCAGAAGAUCCAACUUAGCGGAAUUAUUGGCAGAGGGGUUUUGCCUCUUGGAUUUGGACCAGGAGUAAUUGCAUCAUUUUAUCGUCUUCUUUUGCAGAGAGAUCUUCUUGGGGAGCAAGAGUUGUUGGUAACUGCUGCAUCAUUUAUUGUGGUUAAUGGGAUCAAAGAGUUUGAGUAUCAUGCUAAUGGUGGCCAUAAUAUUGAAAUUGUGAAUCCAUUACCAAGUCCCAACAAUUGGAAUGCAAAGGAAUUAACUUUCAUCUCAUGUUUAUCUCAAAACAUGAGUGCAGAAUGUUUUAGACUUUGUUGUAGGGUUGUGGCCAUUGAAAGUUUAGUUCUGGAGUGGGAACCUGCAAAAUAUGAAUCUGCUUGUCCAUCUAUUGCAAGCUCAACAGAUAUUUUGAAUUCUAUUCAAAUAAUUUCUGGGAGAUUUAUAUUAGAUGAUGCCUCAGGAUUGUGUGACUGUUGGGCUAGUGGUGCAAGGGCAGCAUAUUUGCUUAGACUGCAUUCAACAGCUGCAGAAUUAUUUAAGAAUGCAGCACCUCAAUGCAACAUUUCAAAGAGAGUAUUAAAGAAGCAUAAGAAUUCUGUUGGUUCGCUUGUAGAAAAGUUGGUAAAAAAGCAUCGGCGAGUUACCAUACAGAAAACCAGAACUGUGAUUCCAUCCAAUUCAGACUUUGUGAUUCUUGGAGCUUCAGGGGAAAUUUUGAAUCUAGAAGAUCAAAGGCUAAUUUCUUUUGUCCUUCAAAAGGCAUGCAAUUCUGCCCCUUUGGUGAUUAUUGGCAGCAUUCUUGACUCAAUAAGCCAACAAACUCAAGAAUUGAAAAAGCGUGAUGAAAUUGAAAUAAAAACCAAUCAAGAGAAUUUUAGCACUCUAACACAAUAUCAAAUAAAGAUUUUAGCUAGAGAUGUUUUUUCAAUCAGCUACUUACAAGAGGCAGGCAAUUGUUUUGAACUACUUAAGUCUGAGAUUUAGGUAAUAUGUUGUUUUAUAGAUAUCUGCUUCUGAGGUUUAAGGCCUUUUUUUUUUCCUUAUAUUACAUGGAGGGAACAGGCAUAAUUUCAUAACAAAGCAAUAGGGCUUUAGAAAAAUACAUUCUAUUCCAAUUGCAUUGGAGGACUCAAAUCAUCUCUUCUGGAAUAUGCCAUGAAUGGGUUAGAGCUACAGGCAUUGUAACUCACUAUAUAUUGAUUUGAUUUGAGCAGCUAGUCAUUCAACUCACAGUGUCCUUGGUGUUUGGCUGUGUCAAAACAAAUCAUAUUUUAUAGUUGGGUUUUAGGUGCAUGUCCUGUUUGGAUGAUCGAUCAUAUAUCCUUAGGUGAGGAUUAUGGCAGUUGCAGCGAUUCUAUAAUAUGAGAAUUAAUAUAUCAUCAUGAGGAACAGCAGCAGAGCCUGCUCUGCAUUGUUAUAAUCUUUGGAGAGACAUAAGUGGAGAUAACGUACAGGUAUAUGCUAUGGCUGUUAAAAAAUUGCUGUAACAUUAUUUACAACCACUGACAUCUCUUUUUACAUGUUUUAUUUAUAGGCUUAUGCAUCAAGUUAUGUAAAUACUUAUACCAUGUGAAUAUACUCCUGUAAAUUUAUCAGUCAAUGUUGUAUAUUAAAUCUUAAGAAAUCAUAUUUUGAGUGUGGGGCAAAA